AUGCCUCUAACGGCUGCAUCCGGGAACAAUACAGAAAGGCCGAGGAAGCUAGUGUGCCUUGUUGGAGCUAUGGUGGCUGACGGUGAAUGGCAGCAACAGUAUCAGUUGACAUUAUACCCCCAGUGUACACAAAAUGACGCAUGGAAGGACUAUCUGGUCAUUCCCCUUGGGACAGACUUGCAUCUAGGAAUGGAGAGACAUCAGAAUGCCAAUUACCUAUUUCAGUGGGAAAUCUCAAAGGGCGCUAUCUUUCCAGUGAAGAGUUUGACCACCUUGCGGCUGAAUACCUUUAGUUCUCUUCAAGAGAUAAUUGGGAUCUUUGUUGGCUCCUAUGAUUAA